UUCUUCUUCUUCUUGGUUCUCUGAAUCCCCCAAGUCCACAGCAGUUCUUACAAUGGCGGCGAGCUCUGUAAACGAAGUUCAAUCUCAAGAGAAGAAUACGAAAAGAACGAAGAAGAAGAAAGGAAUCGAGAUUGAAGGCUACCAAAUCGAAGGUCUAUCAAUCGCCGGUCAUGAAACAUGUAUCAUCCUUCCAUCUCUCAAUCUCUCCUUUGACAUUGGUAAAUGUCCGCAAAGAGCAAUCUCACAGCAAUUCCUCUUCAUCUCUCAUGGUCACAUGGAUCACAUAGGAGGAUUACCUAUGUAUGUUGCAACUCGUGGAUUAUAUAAAAUGGCACCACCAACAAUCAUUGUUCCAUCGUGUAUUAAAGAGAGUGUUGAGAAACUGUUUGAUGCACAUAGAUCUAUGGAUCAUUCAGAGUUGAAACAUAAUCUUGUUGGCUUGAAUGUGGGAGAAGAGUUUUUUGUUAGGAAGGAUCUUAAAGUUAAGGCAUUUAGAACUUAUCAUGGAAUACCAAGUCAGGGUUACAUUGUAUAUUCUAUCAGGAAGAAGCUUAAACCCGAGCUUCUUGGUACAGAUACGAAUGAACUUAAGAAAAUGAAAUUGUUAGGAGUGGAGAUUACGAAUACAACGGAAGAGCCUGAAAUUGCGUUUACUGGGGAUACAACAUCUGAUUUCAUUGUUGACGAUAGUAACAAUGAUGUGUUGAAGGCUAAGAUUCUCAUUAUGGAGAGCACAUAUGUGAGCAAUAUAGAGUCUGUCGAGAAUGCAAGAGCUUAUGGACACACUCAUUUGUCGGAGAUAGUAAACCAUGCAGACAAGUUUCAAAACAAAGCGAUUCUACUUAUUCACUUCUCAGCUCGAUAUCAAGCUGAUGAUAUUGAAAAGGUGGUUGCCACAUUGUCUCCUCCUUUGGCUGGAAGAGUUUUUAUUCUCACAGAAGGUUUCUGAAGUCUAAAAAUGUACACAAAGACAAUAAUGAUGAUGAUAGUCUUUCUUAGCUUCCUUUUUUUUGUUGAUCUUCAUCAGACCUUUUAUCAUUCCAAAAGUUAAUUUAACAUAUAUAUCAACUGUUACCCACUAAUUUAUUUCAUUUGUGUGGCAUUAAAU